GAGAAGAAUCCCUGGUUCUAACCACUCCAACCUGGUUUCUGGGGAAACCGGCGUCCAGCCACCCCCCAGGAAAACCAUAAUCUUUUGGGGGCGACCUCAGGAUCAGCCGCGCUUGGUCUCGUCUCCAUGGCGACGCGGCGGCUCCGGCUCCUUGCUCCGAACCCCGCGCAAGCUGCCAGCAGAGCUGGCUUGGGGUGUCUGCCCUUUCGAUGGCCGGCGUGAGAGGACCACAAGCGGGUUCGGGCUCUGCGGCCCCCCGGCUGCCGAGGCGGCGCGCGAGAAGUUUUGGCCUUGAAUUUUGUAUUCCAGAAAUUCCUAGGAAUUAUCUAGACAAGACAGAUGCUAUAAAGGCACCAAAAUAUAGACAGAAUGGCAGGUUGCUUGUGUUGGAUCCAAAGGAAAAAGUGAUGAUUGAACCAAGUGAAACAAUGUCAAAGUAUGAUGUCUCUGGUUGCACGGCUGAUCUAUCACAUGGCUUUUAAGCAAUUAGAACUAGAUAAUGCUAUCAUUUGUCACCCAAUUAAUUUUGAAAGGCCAGAAAUGCAUGGAUUAGCACUUUAGCUUUUGCUUCAGUCAAAGCAAUUGUUCCUAGAUAAAAGGACAUUUAAAUUGAAAAAUGAAUUUUGAUAAAAAUGUAGAGUAAAUGCCUCUUUGAACGCAGACCAAGAUUAGCAAGCAAACUUUAUGCCUCACCAGCACAAGUCUCUCUGAAUGUAGCUAAGACAUUCUCAGAAAA